AUGUUGUUUGGGUUCAAGCACUUCUUCCCUGCCCUCCUUGCGUCACAGACAAGCGUUACAAGGGCAACGCAAGUCGUCUUGAGCGACGCCUCUGCGAAGCAACCUCAGACGGGCAGUGUCGCUUAUACGCUUCCCACUGAGCGCACCUUUUUACUCAACGUGCCAGCUGCAUAUAAACAUGAAGAGCCACAUCCCCUGGUGCUCUCAUUCCACGGAGCUGGCGGCUUCAGUGAAAAGCAACAGCGCAUCACGGAGCUCUCUGAUUCGUCCCUGAACAUAGCAGGGAAGCCAUUUCUCACUGCCUAUGCACAGGGCGUGAACAACACGGAAUGGAACAUGAGACACAUCUGGAAAGGGGCACCGUACGAGAACAGCUCAGUCGACGACAUCGCCUACGUGUUCGACAUCAUCAAGGCCAUCUCAUCCAUAUACACCAUCGACCGGUCCCGCAUCUACGCAUGCGGCAAGUCCAACGGCGGAGGCUUCACCAGCCUGCUGGCAUGCCGGCCAGACACCUCAAGCACCAUCGCGGCGUUCGCGCCCGUCAGCCCGGCCCUGUACCAGGGCACCUACGCCUUCCACAACUGCACGCCGUCACGGCCCGCGCCGAUAUUCCACGUCCACGGAAUCGAGGACGUCAUCACCCCAUUCUACGGGCGGACCCCCGAGGAGGGAAGCUUCGGCCCAGAGCCGGACGUCAGGCUCUGGCGCCGGCAGUGGGCGGAGCGCAACGGCUGCGCCAGGGGCGGGUACCCGGGCCAGUUCCCCCAGCCCGACCACGUCAAGGAGGUCCACCCGGGCGCGUGGGAGGAGGUCUGGGACUGCCCCGGCGCGGAGGUCAGGGCGCUGAGCGUCGAGGGCCUGGGACACGCUUGGCCAUCCACUAUUGGGUUGGACUUGGCUGGGCGGCCUAACCACACUGCGAACUUCAACCUGACGAACCAGCAUCUGGUGCAAUUCUUCUCUAGACACUCUCUUGGGAAGGUUUCUGAAUAA